AUGUCAGACUUCACGAACCAGUCGCAAGGCGAGACGCCUCAGCCCCUUCCGUUCGUACCAACCCUUGCUCCCAUUCAACCUCCGUCGAACGCCGUCCCUACGAUGUCUGCUCCUGCUCCCUUUCUCCGUCCAGCCCUUGGUGGUCAGCGCCCCGGCGCCGGCGGCCGGGCCCCUAGGCUAGGCCUCGCAAUUCCCGUAUCGCCUAAUGUCAAGGCCGUUACUCCUACCGGAGGUAUUGCUCCCGUUCCGGCUCCCUCCGCUGCUCCCUCUAGGCCGCCUCUCCCCACCCUCAACAUCAACACUCCCGCCGGUAGCAAACUUUCUGCGCUCUCUCAACCCCCACGAAGCGGCAAUAUCCAGCCUGGCCAAUCCGCCGGCGGCGGCAGCGAAAGCAGCGCCGCUCACUCUCGAUCAGGCAGCUUCGGGCCCUUUGACGGUCGCGCAAGCAACCCUACCUCGGCGGGGUACCCCGACCCCGUCUCCGCCGUCGGCUCUAUCUACUCUGAAAGAAGCGAAGGUGGCGUCGGUAUGGAGAGGGAGGGUAGCCUGCAGGGCCUCGAAGCGUUCGAUCAGCUGAGCCUUGAACGGGGUCGGUCUAAGGAUGUCGAAGAACUGGACAAUGAGGGUUGGCAGAUUGCCAACAAAGAGCAGAGGAUAGUGCAGAUGGGCAGCCUUGGUGAGGGUGCUGGCGGCGCUGUCACCAAGUGUAUGCUGAAAGGCGGCAAGACGUUAUUUGCCCUAAAGGUCAUCACCUCGAACCCGGACCCCGAUGUCAAGAAGCAGAUCGUCCGAGAGCUCGAUUUCAACAAGGGCUGUGCAUCCGAGCAUAUCUGUCGCUACUAUGGUGCCUUUGUCGAUGCUUCGACCGCGAGCAUCUUCAUUGCUAUGGAGUUUUGCGAGGGAGGCUCUUUGGAUAGCAUCUACAAGGAGGUUAAGCGCCUGGGCGGCAGGACAGGAGAAAAGGUCCUCGGAAAGGUGGCGGAAGGUAUCUUGGGUGGUCUCACGUACCUUCACAGCCGCCGCAUCAUCCAUCGUGAUAUUAAACCCUCCAACAUCCUACUGUGCCGGACCGGUGAGGUGAAGUUGUGCGACUUUGGUGUUUCCGGAGACUUCGGUACCAAAGGUGAAGCCGACACUUUUAUCGGGACCAGCUAUUACAUGGCCCCCGAGCGCAUCACCGGAAAUUCUUACACAAUUACGUCGGAUGUGUGGUCAACCGGCGUGACCCUCCUCGAAGUCGCUCAGCAUCGCUUCCCCUUCCCCGCGGACGGCACGGAGAUGCAACCUCGGGCUGGUCUUAUUGACCUACUGACAUACAUUGUCAGCCAACCCAUCCCCAAGCUCAAGGACGAGCCGGAUAGCAACAUUGCGUGGAGCGAAAACUUCAAAUACUUUAUUGAGUGCUGCUUGGAGAAAGAAGGUUCAAGGAGGGCGACGCCUUGGAGAAUGUUGGAACACCCCUGGAUGGUGGAGAUGAAGACCAAGAGAGUGAAUAUGAGCAAAUUCCUCUCCCAGGUGUGGGGCUGGACCAAUGCGACCGCCGAUGUUGCCGAUGUACCGGCGUAA